AUGCGUGAUCUUUCUGGCCAUUGCUCUUGCGGACAAGACCUACAAGCAGAGAAGCCAUUACAUUCGCUUCCAGCAUACACGUACGACUCAUUGCAGUUUGAGAGGUCGACAAGGUUGUUCCGCCUGCAUUCUGUGCAGGAUCCUCGCUCGCCAAUAGCUGGCUCUCUCAGAGAAGUCGCCCUCCCAACUUCAAGCAGUCAUGACAGUCUCGAGCCCCAGCCCCUUCCAGAAAGGGGCCUGCAGUAUAUUGCCCUUUCUUACACCUGGGCGAGUGAGGCGCGUCCACAUAUUGUACAAUGCGACGGACGCAGGCUUUACAUCACCUGCAGUCUGAACUCAGCACUGCGUCGUUUGCGAAAUCUUUUGGGCGAAGACUAUCCUCUGUUCGCUGAUUGUAUCUGCAUCAACCAAUCGACCGACACCAGAGGUCGCCAAGAGCGUGAGAGGCAGGUCAAACUCAUGCAUCAGAUCUUCGCAGGGGCGACUAGAGUCAUAGCUGACUUGGGCAAGGAAGCUGAUGACUCUGCACGUAUCCUGGGCUUAUUUGAACAGCUACUUGAUGUUCGCAACGCCACCGACACUACAGCUGAGGAGCUGGCGCUAGCCCAGAAACGUGGUCUGCCUCUGUUCAAGAAUAAGACUCUCAAGGCCUUGGUGAAGUUUUGCAAAAGAAGGUGGUUCACGCGACUUUGGGUUGUGCAGGAGGUUGCUUUAGCUUCGGACUUCCGAUUCCUGGUUGGUGAAACUCUGGUCUCGUUUGAGGUCGUUUAUCUGGGCAUCCUGACGGCGCAGCGACUGUUGAGCGCUGUGGAAACCUCCAGUCCGUCUCCCUCUGUCGGCCGGAUUGCACAGUAUCGCGCCUGGCGGACGCUACCCCACCUCCAUGGUCCUGCGCAGCGGAUUUUCGAAAUCCACUCACUCAAACCUCUUCGCAGCUUCGAUACUAACUCGCCAGCUCAGCUUCUGGAGAUGACGAGACGGUUCCAAGUUACCUGUCAGCAGGAUAAGAUCUACGCCAUACUGGGUAUGAUGAGACAAAGCUCGGCAGACAAGUUCGCGGUCGACUACUCUGAAGACAUACGUGCGCUCUCGCGACGACUCAGUGCAUUCGUGAUCGAGGAAGGCGGUCUCGAUAUUGCGCUGAGCCUUCUCGCGUCCUACCAAAGCUCCAUGCCAGGUUCAUGGAUGUAUGAUUUUGGGAAGCCAGUCCUUUCCGACACUCGCAUACGCUGGGCGCCGUCUGACGACCGGGGACGAAUUCGGUGCGCCUUCAAUGCUUGUGGCGACACGGAACCCACAUUCAGGUGGGAUCCCAGCGAUGACAACGUGCUCUUCACGAGGGGCUGGGCCAUGGGAACCAUCACUUGCCUCUCCAAACCUCUGCCCGGACCCGAGUCCCUCUUGUGGACCACGGCCUACAGAAUGGUGAAGUGGGAAAGCGCAUUUCAGAAACUGGCCUGUGCUCACUUCAACGAACGGGCCAUUGGCGACGUACAGCGUCAGUACUUGGAAGCCAUCGUCGCCGGCGGACGUUUGGGUCGACGUCUUGCUGCAAUCAGUGCCGAGCACGAUGACAUUCGCGGCAGGCUAGAUGAGUGCAUUCAAGCAGCGCUGUCUAUGAAGCCCGCAAACUUGAUGAAAAGGCUCAUAACAUCACCCCGUAAUCUUCUUCGUGACAUUGCAGCGCUGAAAAGAGACGCGGAAUUGUACCUGCGAAAUGUGGUCUUCUGGUCCUCGGAACGAAGAGCCUGCAUCACCGACCAUGGCCAUGUUGGUCUGGCCCCGAUGGAUGCCGUGGUUGGCGAUCGGUUUGCGAUCUUUGCAGGAUGCUCGGAGCCCUUUGUGAUCAGGCGGACAGGUGAGCACCACCACAGAUUGGUUGGGUCGGCAUACCUACAUGGUUGGAUGGACGGUGAAGCGCCCGGGUCGAAACAAUGGCAGGAAGAAGAGUUCGGGCUGCGGUGA